AUGAAUUAUGCAGAAGAAUCAAGAAGGAGGAACCUCACCACAGUGACUGAAUUCAUUCUACUAGGAUUGUCCAACCACCAUAACCUGCAGGUGCCUCUGUUCUCCAUCUAUCUGUCCAUUUAUACCAUUACACUGAUGGGGAACAUCCUCAUCAUCCUCAUCACCAUGGACCCCGCCCUUCACACCCCCAUGUAUUUCUUUCUCCGGGUCUUAUCCUUCCUGGAGAUCUGCUAUACCUCAGUCACUGUCCCCAAGAUGCUGAUGAACUUCCUUUCAGACAACAGGAGCAUUUCCUACAUGGGCUGUGCUGCCCAAAUGUACUUCCUGCUCUUCCUUGGAAUCUCUGAGUGCUUCCUUCUGGCUGCCAUGGCAUAUGACCGCUAUGUGGCUAUAUGCAACCCAUUGAGAUACAGGCUCAUCAUGAACAGGAGGGUCUGCCUUUCCUUGACAAUUCUCUCUUGGUUCUGGGGUAAUGUGGUGUCCCUAGUACAGACAGCCUGGGUUUUCACCUUGCCAUUUUGUGGGUCCAAUCAGAUUAACUAUUUCUUCUGUGAUAUUCCCCCAUUGAUUAAGCUUUCUUGUAUUGACAUCCCUUUGUAUGAAAUGCAGUUGUUUACAGCAGCUAUACUAGUCAUCUUCACUCCAUUUUCUCUCAUUGUUGUGUCCUACACCUUUAUUAUCUCCACCAUCUUAAAGAUGGCAUCAGCUGAAGGCAGACACAAAGCCUUCUCCACCUGCUCCUCACACCUCAUUGUGGUGACAUUGUAUUACGGGAGCUGUGGCCUGAUCUAUUUAAGACCCAAGUCCAUUCAUUUACUAGACACCAACAAAAUGCUGGCUCUGAUAUACACAACCAUCACCCCAACCUUGAAUCCCUUUAUCUACAGCCUGAGGAACAAGGAGGUGAAAGAGGCUCUGAGGAGAUUGCUGGGGGACAGGACGAAGAGAAGAAUAUUUUCUCACAGAAUGUAA